UCUUUCUAAAUAAUGAAUUCCAACCGUUUAAACUAUAAACCAAUGUAGAUGAAAUAAGUAAAUACAUAUUGACUGGAAAUCUUUGAAACUGAUUGAUCACUGAGUAGUAGGUGAGUAAUGCUGUUCUUCCUUAGUCGUUAUUGUGUGCGCUUCGGAUUAUUGCAUCGAUCAAUGACGCAAUAUGUGACCAGUAAAGUCUCAUCGUCACCUAUAUUCUAUUUCGAUGUAAAGUAUAUGAAAGGAAUUGACAGGAAGUUGUGACUAGAUUUCCUAGAUUUUGUAUAAGUUGGGACAAGACAAAUUACAGUUGUUGAGUCACUGAGAUUGUGUUGGAUUCGUCUUAGUUGACUUAUAUUGAAUACUGUGUAUGUCAGUGUGUCGAUUAUUAUACUAGUUGUUGAGGUCAGAAAAGUUGUUUGAUGAACUCCCGCUGUACGGAUGUAGUUCGGUAACCGAUACACAUAUGUAUCAGGUUGUAUGUUGCUUGCUUAUCACUGAUUGAAUGGAUUACGUAUAAGGAUUAGUUUAUCGUGUUUAUCUAUGUGAGUAUGUGAAGCUGAACAGUUAUCCAGUGUUCCCUAGAUGUUUGGCUAGUACAUUUUUUUAAUAGUUGAGAUCGUGAAUCAAUUGAAGUUAGACCACCAUGGAAAACCUGGAAUCACUGGACGGCCGUUCCGUCCUAGUACUCCACUUUUUGUCACACCUUAAUUUUGACAUUGUUAAGUGUAGUUGUUUACUGAUUGAUUAUGUUCUUUAACAGACUACUAAGUUUGAAUCUUUUUUAAAAUCAUUUUCCUUAGAAAUGUACGGAUAAUUUAUAUGUAUAUACGUAUCAUAUCUAAUAUAUGGGUGUUAUAAUUAAACCAAUUCUAUUCGAAUUAUAAAAUCUUAUCAAGUUUCCUUGACAACUUCUUAUCCAUUUAAUACAUCAAGUCAAAUAUUGAUUUUAAAUUCUAAUGAUAUCUAUCGAAAUUUAGCUUUUGAAGAAUGUUUAUAUCAUGAAAGUGAGAAACACUUGAAAUAUUUAAAGGAUAAACCAUCAUGGUUUACAAAAAUCUUAUUAUGGCGUAGUAAUUCUUGUAUUGUAAUUGGUCGAUUUCAAAAUGCUUGGAAAGAAGCGAACAUUCCAUUGUUACAUUCUAAUGGUUGGAAAUUAGCUAGACGUCAUUCUGGUGGUGGUGCUGUUUAUCAUGAUCUUGGUAAUUUAAACAUAUCAUUUAUACAGCCUAGAUGUUAUAUGGAUAGACAGAAAUGUAUGGAAUUUUUACAGUCGGUUUUACAACCAUUAUUAAUUCCUUCAAAUUGCUCUAUACAUAUUGGCAAUAGAUAUGAUUUGUGGAUUUCAGAAAAUCAAACUAAUACAAAUACAUUGCAAAAUAUGUCAAAAAUAUCCGGCUCUUCAUCGAAAUUCGGUGCUAAUAUGGCAUAUCAUCAUUGUACAUUACUUUUUGAUGCAAAUUUAAACAAUUUAUCUGAAGUACUGAAGCCAACUUUUAAUGAUUUGAUUACAUCUAACCCUGUUGUAACCAAUAUAUUUGAAGGUCAAGAAGAUCAAUUUAUCCAUUCAAUGAAAGAUUUUCAACAAACAUUAACAUUGUCACAAACAUGGUCAUGGAUUUAUGGUAAUUCACCAAGUUUUCAAUUAGCAUUAGAAAAUUAUGAACCUAAUCUAUCUUAUCUUACUAAUCAAUUUGGUUCCAUUGUCAUAGAUUGUAGUCGUGGUGGAGUUUUUAAAUCUAUUGGAUUUGAUCAUUCUCAUAAUUGUAUUGUAGAUCCUUUAUUGAAAGAUUUUUUAUCAGAGUUAAGUAUAUGUCUUCAUGGUGCAGAAUGUCGAACUAAUUCAUGGGAUUUUAUAUUGGAUCAAUUUGUAUCUAAGAAACUAAUUCAAUUGAAUGGUGAAAAUAUGUCUAAUGAACAAUUGUUAAUAAUUAAGGCGUUAAAAAUGAUUUCUAGUCUAUUUUAAUACGAUUUUUAUUGAUUAAAACCAUAUUUCUAGUUUACUUUUAUUGUGGAACACAUUAUGUACAAGAGCAAUUUCUUUUCAUAUAUUCGAAAGCGUAGUUGGGUACUUGUUAUAUCUCAAAGCCGUCGAUGGAUGGGCAGUGACUUAUCGACCGGAUCAAGGGAUUCAGAAUCUCGAUAGGCUAUUCUUGUCCGUUGUCCCCGACUCAGCUCACUCGAUCAAAAAUUCUUGGUAAGGCGUAGAAAGUGUAUUCUACAGGCAACCAACAGAUACCAGGUCAGGUCAGGUCAAUCAGGCACACAAUUCAAACGUAUAUAUAUAUAUAUAUAUAUAUAUAUAUAUAUAUAUAUAUAUAUAUAUAUAUAUAUAUCUUCAUGGAGUUAAUAUGUGAUUCAGAAUCGAG